AUGCUGCAGUCCGCGAGCUUUCAAGGCAGGAAGACCUUCAGCAGGCCAUGCAACGACUUCGAUGACUUCGGUGUGCCAAGUUCUGAUGAUGAGAAGGAACUGUUGAACCUUGGCCGCUAUGCUUCCGCGACUGCACGCCGCCGUCAAAUCAAGAAGGGUCAGGUGGUGGACACGAAGCCGGCUCCAAAGCCAGAACCCAUCAAGGCUCAAGAAAGUCCAAAGCUGACGCAGGUCGUGGUUCCGAGCAAGCCCGAGCGCAAGUCUUGGGCAGAUGUGGCUUCGGACGACGAGGACAUGACGGAUUUCGCCUGGACGACCCAGGAGGCCGCGAAGGUGGUGCCUUCGCCCGUGCCUGCAGCGGACAACGCUGAGGAUGGCGACGGACUGUGCUGGGAUCCCAUCGGCAUGGGCACGACGGAGUCCUCCAUUUCGGAGCUGCUCUGGAACAAGGUGAACGUGAGCAAGCCCUCUGAGACUUCGAGAAAUCCCAGAGGCUUUGACAAGUGGUCAUGGAGCACCACCGCCACGUCCACCGACGGUGAUCUGCCGGAAGAUGAGGACGUGUCGCCGUCUGCGGACGUGUCGCCGUCUGCGCGGUCACAGGCUCCGGUCAGCGUCAUCAGCUCGGAAGACAGCGCAUCCUUGCAGACCGGCGUCUUCCUGGCCACGUCUACCGACGAGUCAGACAAGCAGCGGGUAUCGUCCGCGCCGGCCAUGAUGCAGGAGGCAUCACAGCGGGUCGCACCUACCUUUGUGAUGCCAAUGCCGUCCCAGGCAGCGCAGGCGACAAUGGUGGCUGUGCCAGCAGUUCAAGCAGUACAAGCAAUGCCAGCAGUGCAAGCAGUGCAAGUGCAAGCGAUGCCUGCAUUUGCCGCUGUGCCAUUCCCUUUCGGCAUGGGCAUGGGUAUGCUGCCUGCCGUCAUGACGAUGACACAGCACGUUCCCAGGCAGGUCGAGUCCCAGCAGACUCGGGGAAAAGAGGAGGAGAUCGCUCGUCCGAUUGCGCUCCGCUCUGGUCUUGGCCUUGAAGGACCACCUAUGGGCACAUCGCAUCGCUUCCACCAGAAGAACAACACCAUGGGCGUCCUGAGUGAAGACGCUCGCACCUUCACCAAGCGCUCCAACAAGGGCAGACUUAGCAUCGUCUGCGAGAACAAGGUCCACUUCCAGGGGACGGUGCGUUAUGCCGUGCAGUUCACCGAUGGAGAGCUUUGCAGUGCAGACGGAGUGGGCUUCAUCAUCUCCUCGGAUCUUCCUUGCACCAAGAACAUUCAAAAGAUCGUGUCGGUGUUCGCCAACAGAACCGGGCGAAUCUGCAUCCGGGUGCACGACGAGGUCGAACGUUGCCCACAAAGGGUGAAAUGCUUGGAAGUCGGAGACUGGUUGGAG